ACGCAAAUCUGCGCAUGACGUAAUGACGUAAGAGGGCAAAUCGUCUGGUGAAGCUGUCAAACAACGGCAUAUAGAGGGGAAUGGAGGAGCCCGAGGAGGAGGAGGGGUGCCGGGGGAGUCCGGAGAUGGGCACCGAAGAGGACCCCGGCGAGGAGCAGGGCGAAGAUGUAAUGGGAAAGAAAGCCGCUUCUGAGGUCUCCUCAUUGUCUGGGCAGCCUGGAGCCGGUAAAAAAAUUGGGCAUCGUGGAGUUGAUGCUUCAGGAGAAACAACAUAUAAAAAGACAACAUCUUCAACCUUAAAAGGUGCCAUUCAAUUGGGUAUUGGAUAUACUGUGGGCAACUUGAGUUCAAAACCAGAGAGGGAUGUGCUGAUGCAAGAUUUCUAUGUAGUAGAGAGUAUCUUCUUUCCCAGUGAAGGCAGUAAUCUCACUCCUGCCCAUCAUUACCCAGAUUUCCGUUUUAAGACUUAUGCACCAGUGGCUUUCCGAUACUUUCGAGAACUCUUUGGGAUUCGCCCAGAUGACUAUCUGUAUUCUCUCUGUAAUGAGCCUCUAAUUGAGCUCUCCAAUCCUGGGGCAAGUGGAUCUCUGUUUUACGUCACCAGUGAUGAUGAAUUCAUUAUCAAAACUGUUAUGCAUAAGGAGGCUGAAUUCCUCCAGAAACUCCUUCCUGGGUAUUAUAUGAAUCUGAACCAAAACCCUCGGACACUUCUGCCCAAAUUCUAUGGCUUAUACUGUGUGCAGUCUGGUGGGAAGAAUAUUCGUGUGGUGGUUAUGAACAAUAUCUUGCCACGGGUGGUGCGUAUGCAUUACAAGUAUGACCUCAAGGGUUCCACCUACAAGAGAAGGGCAUCCAAGAGAGAGCGAGAGAAACGUAGUCCCACCUACAAAGACUUAGACUUCAUACAGGAAUCACCUGAAGGACUACUUCUGGACACUGACACCUUCAGUGCAUUGGUGAAGACCAUGCAAAGGGACUGUCUGGUUUUAGAAAGCUUCAAGAUAAUGGAUUACAGCCUUCUUCUAGGCGUACACAACAUUGAGCUGCAGGAAAAAGAGCGGCAAGCAGAUGGGGCACAGAGUCAAACAGAUGAGAAGCGUCCAGUGGCACAGAAGGCACUGUACUCCACAGCAAUGGAAUCCAUUCAGGGGGGAGCAGCCCGUGGAGAAUCUAUAGACACAGAUGAUACUAUGGGAGGAAUUCCAGCUGUAAACGGAAGAGGGGAACGUCUCUUACUUUAUAUAGGAAUCAUUGACAUUCUGCAGUCAUACAGGUUAAUCAAGAAGCUGGAGCACACUUGGAAAGCUCUUGUUCAUGACGGGGACACGGUGUCUGUACACAGACCAAGUUUUUAUGCCGAACGUUUCUUCAAAUUUAUGACCAAUACAGUGUUCCGCAAGACAUUCUCACUGAAGUCCUCACCCUCCAAGAAGGGAAGAAGCACUCUUCUUGUGCCUCGCCUUAUGGGACCCUCUGCUGCUUUCUCUGCAGGACAGAUCCCCACCGAGCGUGAAGAAGGAAAAUAUGACCUACGUGGAACACGGAGCUACCCAACUCUGGAGGAUGAUGGUCGAGCAGAAUUACUGCCCUGUACACCUCCAUCUUUUGAGGAAGCCACUACUGCCUCUAUUGCUACCACCUUGUCUUCCACCUCGCUGUCUAUUCCAGAACGCUCUCCCUCUGACACUUCGGAGCACCCACGUUACCGGAGACGCACUCAGUCAUCAGGAUAUGAGGCCAGAACCCAUGAGGAAAUCCGAACAGAGGACGAAGUUCAGCAAGUUACAGUUGAGGUGGAGCCUAGACAUAGCACUGUGGUUGGAUCAGAAGAAGAAAAGCAAGGAGAGGCCUCUGGUUGUGUGGGGAAGAUCUGCCCUAUUGAGGAAACAGGAAGUCAACGGUCUGAGGAAGAUGAUGAGGUGCCUGUAACAGACAUUUAUUUUCCUCCAGAUGACCGGAGCUGGGUUUAUUCCCCUCUCCACUAUAACACCCAGGUCGAGUCGGUCUCGGACGAGGAGAGUGAUACAGCUGUGAGCAAAUUUAGAGAGUUGUGUCUUCUACCUCUUUGUCUGGGUUAUGGGGAAGAGAAAGCAAACAAUGGAACUGAUGAGCCCAGCAAACACACCUGCUAGCACCAUCAUAGAAACUAGUAACUUCUAUGCAGAUAUCUGAUGAUAAAGGAGACCUCAUGUUACCUUCUUGCCCUUUCACCCAGAAGCAGAACUAAAGAAGGGAAUUAUGGUAAGCUGCGGAUCCGGAGAAGAGAUGACCAAGCAACAGUGUGCGCCACCCUACUCCUACAGUCUACUGUACUAUUAUGUGUACUUGUGGUAUAAUCCCUCGGUGUGCAUUUAUUCCUGGGUGUGCCAGUACUUGGCAAACAACUGCUUUUCUUUUCAGUUUGUACAAACUUUAUUUGUGGUCGGUGAGAUGGGAAAGAAAAGCAAUUUAACCUUGAUAGGACAUAAGCUGUAUCUCUUUUUCAAUCCUGAACGGUUUCAUAUAGGAAGAAUGCAAACCAGAAAUACGUAAUCUUUGUUUUUUAGAUUUACAAAACUAUGUUCCUCACAGUCUAUCAUUUAUGGUGAUAGUUGAAUCCUCUAUAAGCUCACACUGUAAAUGUAAUGUAUCUGGCUGGAAAGAGAACCAAGGAAAUGAUUGACCUACUGAUUGCUGCAUCUCUGGCUAGAUUUCAUUAUAACAAUGCUUUUUAUAUAUGUGUUUAAUCCUUUGUGUUUUGUUUUGUUUUACUUUAUUUUUACCACGUUAGGUAGUAAGCAAUAGGAGUGUUUAGGACUAUCUUAUUUUACUGUUGAAUGUUUACAUUUUAGGACUAGUUGAGUGAUCUGAAUUUAGUAUUGACCACCACCCUACUGUAAUGAAGUUAUGUACUGGUUUAGCAUUUUAUAGCAGUUGCACUGCAACAUUCAGCACUUUUAUCCUGCAGAUGAUAUUCUACAUCUGCUUCCAUAGCUUUGUAUAGUGUGUGUAUGCAAGACAUCAGACACGGACAUAGGAUACAGUAUGCAGACCACAACAGUAACCUGAACCUAUCUGAUAUAUCCAUACUGUAUUGUUACAGGGUUUUUUUUUUAAGCCCGUCUAAUUCCCAGACUUUAAUUCAUAGAUAGAUCUGUAUGAAACGUUUUACUUCCAUUUAUGAAUUCCAUAGAGAUGUUUCAACAAAGAGCCAGUGUUUUUCAAACCUCGCCACAGGUAGCACACACUGUAUUUUGACUUUGAUUGAAAGCAAUAAGACUUAUUUUGUUUUCUCUCCCAUUUUUAUUUAUUUAUUUAUUUUUAAAUUAAUAUUGUGUUCUGCUAAGCUAUACAUUUUGGGUGAAGCUGCCUACACCUUUUUUAUGCUCUUACAUACUACUUUAAAAUAUGCAGCAAUUGUGUCAUUGAAAAAUGUUUCAAAGCUGCUCAAAAAAUUUUUUUUGUGUUCUAUAGAUAUCUUUAUAUUUGCACAUUUAUAUGCCUGUAAUUAUGGAGCUAUACAACAGGCAUGACUAAUAUGAAUGGAGCCAAGGGUAAUGUCCCAUUUAGUGUUUUUGGGGUAUGAUAAAUCUGGAGGAUAACACAGCUAAACUUUGUAACAUCUGCCAAGCUGCAAGCUUUCCCAUCUUCUGCAGUUCACCGUAAUAAAGAGUACCCCAUCAUUUUUACAGCAGCGGAUGUGUGUAUGUAUGUAUUUACGACUGAAACUUAACACAUUGAAAACUGAGUCACUCCUUUAGUUUUUAAUUGUCUUGCACUUCUAGUUUGUGUGCAUUUCUAUGAUUUCUUUGUAUUGAUGUUAAGGUUCUAUAUGUAUAUUGGUUUUGAUCCUUGGAGGUUGUAACCAUGACAGAAAAUAUUUCAGCUCAUAUACUGCGGUGUGUACAUUUAAAUGCAUAUUAUUUCAGUUCUGUUCUUUUUUGUUUGGUUUGGGGUUUUUUUAAGCAUUCAUUUUCUGAACUGUGCACAGAUGUUAUUUUGUAUUUAGAUUGUGUUGUGAAUGUCUAUCACUAUUUAGAUGUAACCCUGAAAUAAAUAAAAAGUUGGAUUUAGUUAAGCAAGCUGUAAAUUGAUGUAAAUAAUAACGUUUCACUUUGUGUUUCUUGGUGAUUGUGUCCUUUUUUUUCUGAUGGCUGCUAUUAUAUAGUGAAUUUAUCAGAAUUAUCAAACUGUAUUAAAGCAUUCUGCCAAUGUGUUUUGA